AGCGCGGAGCGCCUGGCGGUGCUGUUCAAGUGCAUUCUGAGCCCCGUGCGGCGGAGCAACCCCGACUUCAACUUGAACGUGGAGUCGCUCUACUGCAACUAGUUUCCGGGGCCGGAGUUCCUUUUCUGGCAUCAUGUUUCACCUACUGCGUUCGAG